GCUAUGGCUGGGCUAUUUCUGAUGUGGCAGGAGGAUUUUUAGUAUUGAUGAUGUGGCAGGAGGAGUUUGUGGCUGGGCUAUGGCUGGGUUAUUGCUGGGCUAUCACCACUGUGGAUACCCUUAUUAAAUUGAGAAAAAGUUAUGUAAAAGGAGUGAAAAGUGUUUGUUUUGAUUGACUUGGUACUUUCCAUGAUUUUCUCUCAUCAAAACUUGGAACUUUCAUCAGUUAAAUGGGACAGUUAUCGUGGGAAGUGAUAGUCCCCACUCUUUGUUGGUCCCUAUGCUUAGGAAAUAAUAAUAACUUUUGAGAACUCAGAGGAAUCCGUUUAUCAGCCGGAUCUUGUGCUGUUCACAGGCAGGUGAUCUCUUCUUCACUCUCUAGUCAGGCUGUUUGUUGAUGGGCAUGCCAGCUGAGCUGAGUCAUCUCAUCCUGCAUUUAUCUAGAUUAAUUUGAGGGGUACCUUAGAUUCUGUUGGUUCGCUUAUGCUGUGGGAUUUUUCUUCAGGUGAUUUUGGCAAUGAGAAUGUUGAACUUGUUAAACGUAUUUCAACUGUUGAUUUUGCAAAAGCAGUCAUUUUGGGGAACCAUGAUGCCUGGAACACCCAGAAGUUCUCUGCGAGGGAAAAAGAUGCUGUUCAACUGCAGCUUGAAUGCCUUGGUGAUGAGCAUGUUGGCUACCGUCGUAUGGAUUUUUCAAAUCUGAAGUUGAGUAUAGUUGGUGGACGGCCAUUUUCUUGUGGUGGUCCACAGGUGUUCCGGAAAAAACUUCUUACUGCUAGAUAUGGCAUACAUGAUAUGGAUGGAAGUGCGGAGCGGAUUUAUCAAGCUGCUUUAGGAACUCCUGCUGAUCAUUCAGUUAUAUUUCUUGCUCAUAACGGGCCAUCAGGCUUAGGUUCCAAUAUGGAUGAUAUAUGCGGAAAAGAUUGGAUACCUGGAGGUGGUGAUUAUGGUGACCCUGAUUUGGCACAUGCCAUAUCCCAACUAAAAGAGAGCACCAAAUUGUCAAUCAAGUUGGUAGUGUUUGGUCACGCAUAUAAACAGCUCGCCUCUGGAAAUGGCCUUCGGAAAAUGAUAGUGGUUGAGGAUGACAACAUCGUGUACCUCAAUGGAGCUGUUGUUCCAAGGGUUAAAACAAUUAGCAGCAAUGAACAAGGAGUUGCAUCAGGCACUAUACGAGCCUUCACUGUUGCUGACAUAUCAGACGGGAACUUGGAGAAAAUCACCGAAACUUGGGUUUCAGUGAUCGGAGAUGACAUCAGAGUAGAGGAGGAGCUGGUAUUGCUUAGCAAAGGAGCGAGGCUGCUGUAGGUACCUAGAAAGAGAUAUUGUGACACUAUCAUCUAUGACAUUGUUCAAUUUGUGUGAUUUGUGGUAUUAAAACAGGAGCUUUGAUUU